GGUGAUAACGUUUGGCUGAGAGACAAACAGGCAACAACUUCAGAGAUCCCACAAUCAUUGCAGCCCCAUUGAGAGGGGGCAUGGCAUCUCCUGCAGCGAUGUGCUUGAGCGGGUGGCUCGCUCGAAACUUGGGCGACAAAAUGUUGGCCCGACCUGCGAAGCCCGUAGUCCCGUGAAUGGCUGUUAAAUAAGAGGGCCCGCGAGCUUGUUUCAGAACACAAGGCACGCUUGAACGAGACGGCAGCCCGUGGUUGCUCAGGAUUCAGUGAAGCAUGGGCGAUUCCGGAGUGCUGAGAGCUGAUUGGUCCCUGGGAUGGACGUCACACACAUCGUCUCCAAUGAGUACCAAUUCCACAGGCAGUGCCAAUCUCACCAACAACACAAACCCCUGCCAGGUCAGCGCCGACUUCCAGUAUGUCCUGUUUCCCGUGGUGUACAGCCUGGUGUUUGUCUUUGGCACCGUCUCCAAUCUCUGCGUCCUCUGGUACCUUUUCAGGAAGAAGGGGGAGUUCACACCCUCUGACAUCUUCAUGAUCAACCUGGCCGUGAUUGACUUCAUCUUCACCGUUCUGCUCCCCUUCAAAAUCGUCUACCACGCCCUGGAGAACGACUGGAUCUUCGGCGAGGUGGUGUGCAAGAUCACCGGCUCCCUCUUCAUCGCCAACAUGUAUGGCAGCACUCUCUUCCUCACCUGCAUCUGUGUAGACCGCUACAUCGCCGUGGUCCACCCCAUCCGCUCGCUUUGGCUGCGCAGAACCCGCUACAGCGUGGUCACAUGCUGCCUCAUCUGGCUGCUGCUGGCCACCAGCCUACUUUACCUGUGUCUCAGAGUGCCGCUGACCAGCCGGUUCCCCAACGGCAACACAGCGUGCCUGGAGAACUUCUCCAUGGACACCUGGAGCGGGCACAUCUCCAGGAUCAGCAUCGCGGCCGCGGUAGGUGGCUUUUUCAUCCCGCUGGUGGUCAUCAUCGUCUGCUACCCCCUCAUCGCCAAGAAGCUGCUGGAGCCCACCGCCGGCAAGGAGUCAGUGCACUCAGUGAAGCGAAAGGCCCUCCGCACGGUACUCGUGGUGCUGGUGGUCUUUCUCAUUUGCUUCGUGCCCUACCACCUCAUCCAGUUGGUGCACACCCUGAGGCGGAUUCGGGUGCUGUCCAGCUGCCGCCUCAUCCAGUUCACCUACUCGGCCCGGCGGGUUACCAUGGUGCUGACCAGCCUCAACAGCUGCCUGGACCCCGUGGUCUACUCAUUCACCAGAAACACCUUCCAGUGGAGGCGCUUGUGUUGCGACGGGCCUGCACACUGCCUCCGCCGAAAACGCACGCUGGUGGGUAAAAGGGGAUCCUCGGUGCUCUCUGUAAUUGGUCACUGAAGCAUCGACCUGGUCAUCGAUUCCACUCUCCUCUCCCCCCUGCCCACCCAGCCGCUGGCUGAGUUGGUUUCUGGUCAACAUCUCCGAGGUAACAGACGGUUUCCAUUCAUUGGGUCAACAACAGUGGAGCUGUAUCAGGGCCAUCGUCAGAACUGAGCUGCUUUUGGUCAGUGAACACAGGGCCUUGUUCAAUGUGAAAGAUGUACUGUAACAGUCGGAACAUGCAAUAACAUGAAGGAGAUGCAUUACUGUGAAGACGUUGCACCAAUAUCAAGAACGUGCAAUAUUGGGAAAGACAUGCAAUAUUGGGAAGGAUAUGCACUAAUGGGAAAGCUGGUAGAAUUAUGUGAGGCCAGAUCCUGUGUAGCAGCACUUCUGCUGUCUCCAUUACUGUCAGUGUCAAUACUGGGCUUCCCACACACUCCCUCAUACACACACAGGCACAGGCACUCUUUUACACACACACACACACACACACACACACACACACGCACAGGCACUCUUACACACACAGGUACUUUUAUGCACACACACAGGCACAUGCACUCUUACACACGCGCACACACACACACACACACACACACAGCGCCACUCUUACACACACACAGGCACUCUUACUCUUGUGCACACACAGACACUUUUACACACACACACAAAUAGGCACUUUUACACGCGCACACACACACACAGAGGCACUCUCUCACACACACACACGCACACACUCUCUCACACACACACAAACACAGGCACUCUUACACACACACUCUCACAUGCACUCACACACACACUCUCACAUGCACUCACACACACACACACAGACAAUCUCUGUCUCUCUCACACACACUGACACCUGGAGCAAUAACCUUUGAUGUGAAUGUUAAUUGUGAUCCUCCUUCUCCAGAUGCUGUUGGAGCUGCUGCAUCUUCCCAGUAUUUACUGACUUUAAACCUUUGUUAUACUUACUGUGUUGCUAUGUCAGGGGACUGUGACACUUCUCAGCUUCUCAUGAAGGAUUUUAAUUGCUUGUGUACAAAAUGCUUUUCUUGUUAACAAUUGCAAUGAAAACAUUUGCAAUCUGUUCCCUCCUCUCAUACACAUUAAACUGUCCCUGGAAAGGCAACACUGAUUUUCUACAGUGUGGAAAGAGGCCAUUCGGCCCAUUGAGACAAUACCAACCCUCCAAAGUGUAUCCCAUUUCUAUAACCCUGCAUUUCCCAGAGCUAAUCUACUCAUCUCUGGGUGCGAGGGCCCAAUUCUCCUAACCAGCACAUGUUUAGGACUGUGGGAGGAAACCCACACAGACAUUGGGAGAACAUGCCAAACUCCACACAGACAGUCUGUCUGUCAGAGGCUGGAAUCGAACCUGGAUCCCCAGGUGCUGGGAGGCAGCAGUGCUAACCACUGUGCCAUCCACCACAGCUGGAGUAGACUCGAAAGGGAUAUGAUGAUAAACCUUUGAGUGGAAAUUACCAUCUCAGAAACUAAAGCGAUGCUUAAUGAAUCAUUGCAGGUGGUGCUCCUGGAUCAACAGUUUACAAGAAAAUAUUUGUGACAUCCAAACUCAAGUGUCUGCUUCAUAAGCAUUCCGAAGCUGCCAUUAGAUAGGAGGACAAGAGUAGGCCAUUCGGCCCCUCAAGCCUGCUCCAACAUUCAGUAGGAUCAUGGCUGAACCAAUUGAAGGUUCCACCCGCUCACUUUCCUGCAUUUUCCCUGUAACACCGACUGAUCGAUAUGUGACCAUGCUGUCACUUUACCAAGAUCGCUUCAUUCCUGUUUCUUUUCCCCUUAAGAGAGGUCGUAAAGGCAGAGGUGCUGUGGAGUCUGGAAGAGCCUCGUUUAGCCACGGCAGGGGAGAGGCCAGUUCACCCAGUCCAGGCUCUUUCUAGUUGAGUUCAGCUGUAGCAGUCCCGAGAUGCUGGGGUGCAGGAACGUUGCAAUUUUAGUGACUGAUUCCUGACUGAGCUUGGUUCUGAGAUCUCUCUCUGGAUGUUGCUCCCUCCUGCCUGUAUGUAACGGUGUUUGAACUUACCUUUUGUCGAGGGGUGUGUUUAUGGGAUGUUACUGGAUUGGAGCAAUUCCUUUGUUAGGCUGCUGCAGCGGGUUGGUUAUAGUUAACUUAUUUUGA